AUGGUCAAGCUCGCAUUCUCUUUUGUCGCGGCUACCAUAUGCCAGCUCGUCUCCAGCGCAUCUGUGGCUUCCCAGACGAAAGUCUCAGCCAGACUGGAUGCAUCUCAUUCCCCGAAGGAGCGUGCCGAUGAACUUCUUCGUCUCCUUACCUGGGAUGAGAAGGUGGGCCAGCUGGGCGGCAUCCGUCGGCUUGCCGAGAGGGUCAAUGGCCAACUUUCCUACAAUCAAACUUCUUUUGAUGAAAUACGGAGGACGCAAAACGGGCAAAUCGGCUUUGGAGCACCGACGAAUUAUGCUCAAGAAUUAUUGCCGAUUGCUAAUAAUGUUCGGCUCGAGCAGAUCAACAAUACUCGCCUCGGUAUACCGUAUAUCACCAUCGCGGACUCUGUUAAUGGCUUGAUGGUGUCGGGGGCGACUCUGUUUCCCGGUGCCAUCUCCAUGGGCUCGACAUGGAACAUCCCCCUCUACGAGCAAGCAGUUGCUGCUAUCCGUGACGAGAAUAUGGCGAUGGGAACUCACUGGGUUCUUUCUCCGGAGGUUGAUCUUGCGAAAGAUCCUCGGAACGGUCGCAAUGGCGAGAUGUUUGGCGAAGACCCUUACCUUGUGGGGGAGUUUGCUACUCAUUACAUCAACACGAUGCAGGAAGAAGACGAAAACGGUUUCAUUAAAGUUGCGACGACGAUCAAGCAUUGGGUCUACGGCUCCAGCAGUGGUGGUGUCAACACUGCCAGCAUGCAGGGUGGCCUGAACCACAUUCUCAACGACAUCGGUGCCCCAUACGUCAAGGCCAUCAAAGAGGCCAACCCGCUCUCACUGAUGGUUUCUUACGCAAGCGUCGAUCAGAUCCCAAUGUCCCGAAACAAGUACCUCAAUAAGGAUGUCCUGAGGGAUUUGCUUGGUUUCAAAGGGCUGAUUAUGUCUGAUGCCGGAUCCAUCCGGAACAUGUACACCCAGUCCCAGGUCGCCAAAUCGUUCAAAGAUGCAGGCUUGAAGGCUCUACGGGGAGGUUUGGAGCACGAACUAUCCCCUCGCCCACCAUCAGUCUUUCCUACUCUCAUCGAGUCUGUGAAUAACACAGAGAUCGCAGCACUGAUCGACGAAGCAGUGCACGCCAUUCUUGAGAUUAAGUUUGCCACAGGCACAUUCGAUCUUCCUCUUCCAACCGUCGAAAACCUGAACGCAACUUUACGAAACCAGAAACAUCUCGAAACCAAUCGGAACAUCUCGCGCGAGGCUAUUGUCCUCAUUCAGAAUGACGGCACAUUACCUCUUCAGAGAGACAACGGUCCACGCAUCGCACUUCUUGGCCCGUACGCUGACAUCCUAAACACUGGACAGUACGCUGCCAAUAACGCCUCCGAUCCGUCUUACGGCGAUACCUUCCGUCGCAGUCUGGAGCAUAAACUUGGCGCCGAGAACGUCAAGUUCGUCGCUGGAAUUGACAUCCUCAGCACGAACGACAGUUCUGGGAUUGAUGAAGCCGUUGCUGCUGCCAAAGACAUUGGGCUAGCCGUAAUUGUACUCGGCUCCGGAUGGGGAUCUUUUGACAACUCAUACGAAUCUUUGCAUCGGACAGAUGGCGAAGGCUUCAGCCACCCCGAUCUUGGUUUCCCCGGUCUCCAGCAAAAUCUUCUCGACGCCGUUCUGGACGCGGGAGUCACGACGGUAUUGGUGCUCAGUGGCGGCCAAACGUUCCUGCUGGACGAGUCAACUAAACGAAGCAACGCAAUCUUUCACACUUGGCUUGGAGGAGAGUUCACUGGAGAUUCUUUAGUCGAAAUUCUCUUUGGCGAUGUCACCCCCAGCGGCAAACUCACCAUCACCUUUCCCGAAGCUGAAGGCGCAUUUCCAGUUGCUUACGAUUACUUCCCCUCCGACGAUGAGGGCGGUUUUGGUGCCGCCACGGAGUACGACUGGCAUUUGCCUCAGCUUACUCGUUACGCACCCCUCAGAUUUGGCUUCGGCUUAAGCUACACAUCUUUCAACAUUUCCUCUCCUACGUUGACUUGCGGCCCUGUCGGCCGAAUCGGAACUUCCGCUGCAUGUGAUCAGAACAGCCAAGUUAUUGUCACUGUGCAGGUGUCAAACACUGGCGAAGUAUCCGGUAAGGAAGUUGUACAGCUGUACUAUCGCCCCGAGUAUACCCAGAUCGAGUUUCCUGUCAUGAAGCUUAUCCGCUUUGAGAAAAUUGAGGUUGCAGCCGGCGAAUCGAGAGACGUCAGGCUGGCAGUGCCUUAUGAAGAACUCGGAUACUUCGUCGACGGCGCAUGGGAGGUUGAGACUGGUCUGUAUCACUUUUGGGUCGGAAGCAGCUCCAGGACUGAGGAUUUGCAACAGUUGAACGCGACUUUGGUCUAA